AUGAAUUUACUACCAUCAAAUGCACAUGGGAACGGACUCUUGUAUGCUGGAUUCAACCAGGAUCAUGGUGAGAAAUGGUUUCUUCAUCGAAAUCGUCUUUUGACAAUUCUGUCGUCGAUGCCACGCUACCGACGUGAGGCCGGGCGUUAACUUUAAACGUUACACUCAGCCUACGCUGGCUAGCUCGCUAGUUGUUCUCUAGCCAUAUUCAGUUGUUGUGAAAUAGUGAUUUGAUUGUCAUUUGAGCAAACUAAAUAAUAUUACAUGUAACAUAAUUUACAUGUAACAUCAUGACCAGAGCGAGCUAAAUGUCAUGGAUCUGUUAGGCUCUCUCACAUUUAUAUUUUAAUAAUACGGAACCAUCACUAACAACGUAACGCCAGGAAAGAUAUAUGUGGGGGUUCCACUGUUGUUGACAAGAUAACGUUUGCACUAUGUUGUGGCCAACGUCAAAUAAACAUAUUCUAAACUUUCUUUACAUGUAUGUUGUAAAUAGCCAACAUAACGUUACUAAUCACUUUACCGUAUAUACUUGCAGGGUUGUCAAAUGUCCUAAUCUUUAGCGACUCUCUGUCGUUAACAAGCUAGCUAACUUAGCUGCAUAGGUAACAUUAUAGCAAAGAUGGUAGAACUUUCCCAUUUUAUCUGUGGUUAUAACGUUAGUUUGACAACUGCUAAACUAAAGAGUUUACAUCAAAAUAUGGCUAGGUAGCUCAAGCUGUGAGGGUGGGUGGAUCUAGGUGGCCCUAGUCAGCUUUUCUUCACUGAGCAGUGAAUGAAUGGGUCUCCUUCCAAACAAAGAAAUGACUGGUAGUUAAUACUCUGUUCAAUGCCCACUGUGUGUGCAUUCCUCACAGGCAGCAUAAUAUAAUAAUAAUAUGCCAUUUAGCAGACGCUUUUAUCCAAAGCGACUUACAGUCAUGCGUGCAUACAUUUUUGUGUAUGGGUGGUCCCGGGGAUCGAACCCACUACCUUGGCGUUACAAGCGCCGUGCUCUACCAGCUGAGCAUCAGGUUACUGGAGCAGUAGGACAAACUCCAAAUCUGGUAGGAUAGAGCGAAAGAACAGGAACAGAUAGGAGGCUGAAUGGAAGCAUAGUCUGUCCUUAGUUGACCUCCCAUAUAAUCACGAUGUCUUCGAAGACAGAUACACAUUGUGGCACAAAAGCAGUGAUUAUCUUGGGUUGUUCAUACACAGUGAAUUGACUUGGACCUAGCUUCGAUCAGGGUUGUUCUAACCACUGGUAUUUUCUGUUCUCCUUCCAGGAUGCUUUGCUUGUGGAAUGGAGAAUGGGUUUAGAGUGUACAAUGCAGACCCACUCAAAGAGAAAGAAAAACAAGGUAGGUAUAUGUGAAAAUAAUGACUGUACAGCAAAUAUGAAACAUAAAUUAUUAUUAAUUAAAAAGCGUCUAUAAAAAUAAAAAUAUCCUUUAUUACAUUAUUACAUUUACAUUUUGCAGACGCUCUUAUCCAGAGCGACUUACAGGAGCAUUUAGGGUUAAGUGCCUUGCUUAAGGGCACAUCGACAGAUUUUUCACCUAGUCGGCCCGGGGAUUACAACCAGCGACCUUUCGGUUACUGGCACAACGCUCUUACCCACUUAAAAAAAAAAAAUAUUAUUCAUUUUAGUCAUUUAGCAGACGCUCUUAUCCAGAGCGACUUACAGUUAGUGAGGUCAUACAUGUUCAUAAUGUGCUUUUUCCACAGUUUACUAUUAAUCGAAAGUUCUGGGCUAACUAUUUUAUUGAUACAUAAAUAAACCCAAUGGGUCGGUAGCAGUGCUCCCAGUAAAUCAAGGCCAUUUUGCUACACACAGGGACACAGCAUUGUGACGGCGAGAGCCAAGGUACUUCCUUCCUGCUCCUGCUGUGUGUGACACGAGAUGGAUCUGUCUGUGGCUGGAUUGGUACUCUGGUUUGGAUGAGGAGGGCUAGAUGAGAAAGUUAAUAAUUCCGCCACUGAGCCCUGCACAUGUGACUCCUCACUCCGCACGCAACCUGGUCCAAAGUCACUAUAGGAAAAUGACAGCUUACUGUACUGUCUUUAGUACUGUAGGAAAAUGAUUAGCCUAUAGGCCAGGGAUAACCUGGUCCUGUUGGGUUGCUGCAGGGUGUGCAGGCUUUUGUUCCUGCCCAGCAUUAUUUAAAACAAACACUUUUCUGUGUAAUUGUACAGCCUUUACCUAUGUGUGCAGGUGCUAGGAUAUUGUUUUUUUUUUACAGCGAUGCAUCAUGCAUGCUGGAAAGGCUUGUUUUAAUAUGCAGAUGGACUGAGGAGUUGUCUGCUAUUGGCUGUCUGCUACUUACAUGAAAACAAGUAAAACCUUGAGAUAUUAAAACUAUUUAAAUCCUCAUUAUCAGGGAUGGAUCUUUCUAGUAACAUUUAGAGAUCUUUUCGGAAUAAUGUUUUUGACAAUUGUGGUGGUGUUUGAGGCAACAUCCUUGAUUCUCAUUGGGUCGGUUUACUCAGAUUGACAGCUUUAAUUGGCAAUAAUGUGGUUGUGUGUGUCUUCCAGAGUUCAUGGAGGGCGGGGUCGGGCAUGUGGAGAUGCUGUUCAGGUGUAACUACCUAGCGCUGGUCGGAGGAGGGAAAAAGCCCAAAUACCCACCUAACAAAGGUAUGGUUACUGUGUGUGAGAUGCUUGUGUUGAACUUGCCUGUAUCUAUGAACUAUGAGCAUAAUAAAUAUAUUUUGGAACCCUCAAAAUAACACUUUUAUCUGUUUGAAAUGUUUCAAUGAUCUCUUAAAGGUAGACUUUUCCAUCAGAUUGACCGUAUUCCAGUUAUUUCCUUACAUUGGUCUGACACUACAGACAAACCUCAUGUCAUGUUAGUCUUGACUGUUGUUAAUCCCACCAUGUCCUCCGAUACUUUCCUCAAGUAAUGAUCUGGGAUGACCUGAAGAAAAAGACGGUUAUAGAAAUCGAGUUCUCCACGGAGGUCAAAGCAGUGAAGCUUCGAAGGGACAGGUACGAACACCUUCCACAUGUUUUUUUUCUUGUGUUGUUUCAAUCAGCAGUGUUGAGUGCCAGUAUUUCUCAAAAUGCAUACUACCGUGCGCCACACUCUCAUGCUCCGAGUGCGUUCUCCGACAGCGUUCUCUUGAGUACGUUCUUGUGAGGACGAGAGUGUGUAGAAUGCACAAAACAUUACAUUUGAGAAGGACUCGCACUCCCCCUCCUGUAUUACCUCACGAUUCACCUCCCAUUCACUGAACCUUCUUCCAGCCAGGACAAUGGCAACAAUAGAGACGAAACAAGACAUACACAAAGAAAACAUUUUACUUCAUAAUUAUCAGCUAGAUAUGUUAAUUGUAAUAAUCUAGCUAGCCAGAUAGUUUAACAGGCAAAAAUACCUAAAACUAAUAUUAUAUAUUUACGUGGUUGCACCAUGUUUCUUUGCAUACUUUCCAUUGAAACUUGCAUCGAUACAUGCUUCAAAAUAUGUACAAAUGGAGUACGCAUUCAAGAAGUGCCCUCCGUGCUCCGUUUCGCAUACUUUGAUUUGGACUCAUACUCCGACCCUCCCGUGCUCCAAUUUGCGUGCUUGGAGCACGGGAGUAUGCAUUUUGAGAAACACCCAUUGACUCAAAUGUACUCACAAUUUUUGUACGAAUUUAGUACCACUUUAACUCCCUUUUUACGACCAAUUAGGAAUGCAGUCGUUGCGUUUCAUCAUCAAUGGCAUCAAUGACACACAGCGAUCACAUAAGCAUUGCUACCACAUGUAAGCAUUUCACUGUUAGUCUACACCUGUUGUUUGCGAAGCAUGUGACAAAUAAAAUGUAAUUUCAUUCGAUCUAGUUGGAAGUAAUGCAGGGCAAUAUAUAGGGAGUAGGGUAUCAUAUGAGAUGUAGCCUUAGUUACAGGACAGAGGGUGGGAGAUGGUACCAGUAUUUUGCAUUUUUACGUUUUAGUCAUUUAGCAGAUGCUCUUAUCCAGAGUGACUUACAGGAGUAAUUAGGGUUAAGUGCCUUGCUCAAGGGCACAUCGACAGAUUUUUUUCCCCAGCUUGUUGGCUCGUGGAUUCGAACCAGCGACCUUUGGGUUACAGGCCCAACGCUCUUAACCUCUAGACUACCUUCUGCUCAUACCAGUACAGUAAUAGCCGGCUGUGAUUGCACUCCCUCUUCUUAGGCCCAGAACCUGUUAGAUUGGCAGUCUAUUACAUAGUAAUUGGUUGGUAGUUAUACACUACUAGGUCCUGAUGCAGUAAUGGUGUAACACAGUAUAGAUCCUUGUUGCUUUUAGAGAGGACUACUCUGGAAUUGCCUGAACAGCAAUGACUGUUAAGAUGUUCACCUUUUAGGUCACUUUUUAAAGGGAAUAUUAGAAGGUAGUAUGUCGGUGUCAGGAGUAGUGAAAUGUUUUCUUACCAAUGUUUCCCCCAUUGGAUUGCUGUAUGUUAGCGGACGAAAAAUCUUUAGCCUAAUGUCUGUUAUCUCUCUCAUGUCUUCAGGAUCGUCGUGGUCCUGGACUCAAUGAUCAAAGUGUUCACGUUCACCCACAACCCUCAUCAGCUGCAUGUGUUUGAGACCUGCUUCAACCCCAAAGGUCAGUACUACAAUACAGACAGACCAUCUACUGUCUACUGCAGCUCUCAGAUUCCUAACCAACCUGCUAAAUACAAUAUUAGACGUGCUCAUAAUUGAAAUAAACAAACAACCUUUACAAGAGUGUUACAUGGUUGUAAUGUGUAGCUUCUCCUCACGUCUCUCUCUGUCUCUCUCUCUCUGUCUCCUCAUCUCUCUCUCUCUCUCUCUCUCCUCUCCUCUCCCCCCUCUGUCUCUCUCUCCCUCUCAUCUCCUCUCCUCUCUCUCCUCCUCUCUCUCUCUCUCUCUGUCUCCUCUCUAUUUCUCUCUCUCUUCUCCUCUCUCUCGCUCUCCUCUCUCCUCCUCGUCUCUCUCGUCUCUCUCUCUCCUCUCUCUCUUCUCUCUCUCUUUUCUCUUCUCUCUUCUCGCUCUCUUCUCUCUCUCUCUAUACUCUCCUCCUUCAUCCUCCCUCGCUUACCUCUGAUACUUCACACUCUACACACCCAACCUCACAAGAGUGUACUGGUUGUAUGUGUCAUAACAAUCUACUCUCUCUCCUCUCUCUCUCUCUUCUCUGUCCCCCCCCCCCCCCCCCCCCUCCUCAGGUCUGUGUGUGCUGUGCCCAACAGUAACAACUCUUUGCUGGCGUUCCCGGGGACCCACUCUGGGCACGUGCAGAUCGUGGACCUGGCCAACACAGAGAAGCCUCCAGUGGACAUCCCCGCCCAUGAGGGGGCGCUGUGCUGCAUCGCCCUCAACCUGCAGGGGACCAGGAUAGCCACCGCCUCCGAGAAAGUACUACAGCCCCUUUUAAAAAUACUGAUUGGCUAAAGGGACAUUUCACAGUAACAGACUGACACAGAGACUCAGAUGAUUUACUUUGAAAUGUAUGUCAAACAAAAACCAAUGAUUGCAAAGUUAAACAAACCAUACAACAAAAGGAGCACUUUUAACUAUUUCCACUGCAAAUUGUACAAAAACACAUUUACUUGAAGAACACUGCGGAUGCAAAGUUUGGUAACAGAAUGAUGGCACAAACAGUACCAGUUUCCCAACUUUGCAUUUGCAGUGUUCAAGGAAAUGUUUUUUUGUAAAAUGCUCAGUGGAAAUAGUUCAAUGUACUCCUGUUCAUAGUUAUAUGGUUUGUUUAACUUUGCAAUCUUCGGUUUUUGUUUAACAUACAUUUAAAAGUAAAACAAAUGUCACUCUGUUAUCGUGGAAUUGUCCUUAACCCUUUUAAACUACUCCUGGGCUUAGACGGUACCUUUUAUAUCUAGAACUGGUUGUCAUGGUUGCUUGUAGACUAGGCAUAACCAACUCCCAACACCGUGUCUGUUUGUUUCUCUCUCUAGGGGACCCUGAUCAGAAUAUUUGACACCAUGGCAGGUCACCUGAUUCAGGAGUUGAGGCGAGGGUCACAGGCUGCUAACAUCUACUGGUGAGACCAACCAACCAACCAGGGUGUCGUCUUCACCUGAUAUUAGAUGUGACAAAUGAACUAAUGUUUCCAUUUGAGUCAUUUAGCAGAUGCUCUGAUCCAGAGUGCGUCUAUCUUAAGGUUGCUAGGUACAACCACAUAUUAGUCACAGUAAGUAAGUUGUUCUAGUCCUGAUUGGUAACCCUCUAUUUCCCCUCCCCAGCAUCAACUUCAAUCAAGACGCAUCCCUCAUCUGUCUGUCUAGUGACCACGGGACAGUCCACAUAUUCGCAGCAGAGGACCCCAACAGGAACAAACAGUCCAGGUCUGUCUGAUUUGAUUUGUCUGAGACAAACAUUUUGACCUUUCUAUGUACUUUCGACUGGAACUCUUAAGAGGUCCAAUGUACUGCAACAGUGAUCAUAGAUUAAAGUACUGCCUUGGUGCCAGUGGUGAUAAAGCUCCUUUUGAGAGAGUUGUCUAUGUUAUUGGAAGAGUAACUUUGAAGUUAUCACAUUGCUUUUUAAUGUUAAUCUUUAAACCAGCCACCAUUCCAAACCCAUUCCCAAAUCAUUGCUUUGUUUCCUAUAAUUCCAAACACAUCCCUGAAUCCCUUUUUUUCCUCUUUUUUUUAUUUUCCUUAGCUUAGCCUCGGCCAGUUUCCUUCCUAAGUACUUCAGCUCCAAGUGGAGCUUCUCCAAGUUCCAGGUUCCAUCAAAUUCGCCGUGUGUGUGUGCCUUCGGAACAGAACCCAACUCUGUCAUAGGUGAGGUGUGUGUGUGGUGUGGUAUCGCUCUCUGUGUAUAUGUUUGUGUUGGCACACCUCUGGAACAGAGCCCAGUGCAGUCAUACGUUAGUCAUACUCCAGCUACUUCCUGCUUCCUGUCCAGUGUCUAUAAACACAUUCAGAGUGACAUUUUUUCCAUGUUGACACAUGUUAUUGUUGACCUGACACCACUUAUUUGAUUGUUUUAUUGUUGACACUAUUUUAGAAUUUGAGCAGGACAUGUGUUCUACAUGUGUGGCUAGUUUUCUCCAACACCAGAAUAUGAUGAUGUUUAUGUAUGAUUAUGUUGUUGUACAUUCUCUUUCUUAUGGGGUCUUCUCCCUCACUGUCUCUUUGUAGCUCUGCGCACUGUCUCUCUCUCUCUCUCUCCUCUCUCUAUCAUCUCUCUCUCUCUCUCUCUAUCUCUCUCUGUCUCCUCUCUCUGGUCUCUAUGUCUGUCUCUCUCUCUCUUCUCUCUCUCCUCUGGUCUCUCGCUGUCUCUCUCUCUCUCUCUCCCACUUCCUUCCUUCCUUCCCCCCCAGCCAUUUGUGCUGACGGCAGCUACUACAAGUUCCUGUUCAACCCGAAGGGGGAGUGUUCCCGAGACGUCUACGCCCAGUUCCUGGAGAUGACUGAUGAGAAGAUCUGA